AUGGCAGCAACCGUUGAUUCGGGGGGGCCAGGCGGGCCGAUUCUCUCGGUUGCGCCGAUGCUUGCGGUUACGAAUACUCACUUCAGAAAUUUCAUGCGCUGCUUGACAAGAGAGGCACAGCUAUGGACUGAAAUGGUCACCGACGGCGCAAUCUUGAACAAUAUGGACAGACUUCAACAGAAUCUCCGUCUAGAGGACAUCGAGCAUCCCAUCGUUUGUCAACUAGGUUGCUUCGGCGCUGCCUUGAUGAAGACUCCUGAACUCGUGCGAGAUAUUGUGCACGAAAUAGGACGCCAAGUGCAGAUUCCUGUUACAGUAAAGACGCGUAUAGGCUACGACUACUACGACUCUUUUGAUGUUCUAAGAAAUUUCGUCCAGGGAGUCGACCCGAAGAGAAACCGCUCGGUCCCUCCACUUCUCUACGGGAGGGUGUAUAACCUGUGCGACCAGUUUCCGGAUCUGGACUUCACUCUGAACGGCGGUGUUACAUCAAUACAGGAAGCUAUCGACCUGGCGGCGGGAAAAUGGACUGAUGGCACGACAGAGAUGGACGCGCUCCUUCGUCGAAUAACCAGAGACAAAACAGUGCAGCCACUCAGAGGGGUGAUGCUCGGACGUGCGGCAAGCAACGACCCGUGCAUCCUGGGAAGCGUCGACACCGACUUUUACGGUGCAAGUGCCAAUCCACCAAGCUCGCACAGUCGCCGGACGGUUCUGGAAGCGUACGGGGAUUACCUAAAGCCAUUCGCGGAGGACGGAGGUUAUAGCCUUUUUGCUUUGCUGAAGCCAGUUCUUGGCGUGCUUAAUGGAAUGCCUGGUCACAGACUUUUCAGGUUUACUUUAGAUGGUAAAGAGAUGGAGGGCACCAUGUUCACCAGAAUUUCUGAGCUGAGCACAUGGGGGACAAACUUCGUGAAAACCCCCAUUGGGAUCGGCCAUGGUCUGCUAACUAUUUACGCGAUUGGCUACACCAUUCAGAUUGCUCUUCUGCCCUAUGUAAUCAUGGAGCUUAAUGAACCAGUCCAGCUUAAGUGCAGUCGCAUACACCUGACCAAACGAGCGUGCUCCGGGCAGAUGGCAGUUGCCAGCAAUAUGAUUAUACUUAUCAUAAGCCAGGUCCCUGCAGUUUUCAUGCAUGGGUUCCAGGCGGCUGCGUUGCUGGUGUGCCUUGAAACGGAUGAAAAGCGCAGAACUCCGUCCAUUGCGUAUUUGAAUCUUUCGUACGGCGGCGGCAUGGUCCUCGGAGGUAUCAUCGGUGCACUCGUCAGCAGCUUUCUCGGGGCCCGUGCGACGUUGCUGGUGUCCGGAGUAAUCCAGAUCUGCGGAUGUUGCUUUGCCUUCGCCCUGGGUAGGACGAUCACAGGCAGAUAUGGUACGAAUUAUACCACAGAAUAUGCCCUUGCAGACCGUUUCCACGAGUUGCAUCCGCGGGAAAGGCUGCCAGACUGUUCUGGUGGGUUUGACUUGUUCCCCUAA